AUAUACAUAUACAUAUAUACACAUUAAUACCACUCUCAUCUUCCCUCCUUCAUAAGUUAGUUGCUUCUUUCACUUUCCACUAUCUUCCAAAAUGAAGAAGCAACAACUAGCACCACUUGUUCUAUUUUCCCUCACACUUAUACUAUCACUCAUUCAUUCCACCACCGCCGCUGCCGCCACCUCCGGCAACCAUAACAUCACCCGCAUUCUAGCCAAACACCCUGGCUUCUCCACCUUCAACCACUACCUCACCAUAACCCACCUCGCCGACGAAAUCAACCGCCGUCAAACCAUAACCAUCCUAGCCAUAGACAAUGCCGCCAUGUCCUCCCUCCUAGACAAACACCUCUCCAUCACCACCCUCAAAAAUGUCCUCUCCCUCCAUGUUUUAGUCGACUACUUCGGCGCCAAGAAACUCCACCAAAUCACCGACGGCACCACACUUGUCUCCUCCAUGUUCCAAGCCACUGGAUCCGCCGCUGGAACCGCCGGUUACGUGAAUAUCACAAACCUAAAAGGUGGCAAAGUCGGUUUUGGUGCCGAAGACAACGACGGUCUGCAUUCCUACUACGUAAAAUCCGUAGAAGAACUUCCAUAUGUCAUCUCCGUUCUCCAAAUCAGUAAUCCUUUAAGCUCCGCCGACGCAGAAGCGCCGACGGCAGCUCCAAGUGACAUUGAUUUAAUCGGAAUUAUGUCAAAACAAGGUUGUCAGUCUUUCGCAGAUUUGUUACGUGUUUCAAAAGCACUCCCUACUUUCAAAGAAUCCGUUGACGGCGGUUUAACUGUUUUCUGUCCAACAGAUACCGCCGUCAGCGGUUUCUCUGCAAAGUACAAAAACCUAACAGACUCUCAAAAGGUUUCCCUCCUUUUAUACCACGGAGUUCCAGUUUACCAAUCAUUACAGAUGUUGAAAUCAAACAAUGGUGUAAUGAACACAUUAGCAACAGAAGGCCAUAACAAAUAUGAUUUCACAGUCCAAAAUGAUGGUGAAGAUGUUAACCUUGAAACCAAAGUUAACACUGCAAAUAUUGUUGGUACAUUAAUAGAUCAAGAUCCUUUUGUAGUGUAUAAGAUAAGUAAGGUUUUGAUGCCAAGAGAAUUGUUUAAGGGAGUUAAGGAGGAGAAAGAUUUAGCACCAGCUGAAUCACCAAAAGCAGCAAAGAGUAAAGCCAAGAAGAAGAAGGCGGCGCCGGCGGCGGAUGAGGAUGCAGACUCACCGGCAGAUGGACCAGAUGCAGAUGCAGAUUCUGAUGAUCAGAAAGCUGCUGAUAAUGAAAAUGGAGUUAAUGGAUUAAAUCAAGGGUUGAGAUUCAUUAUGGUAUUUUUCAGUUUGUUUAUUGGUGCUUUGGUUCUAUAAUUGUGUCGGUGUAGAUAAAAACUAUUCUACACAUGCAUGACAGCUAUGGUCAAAUUGUGAUAGAUAUUCUUUUCUUCAUUUCUUUGAUUUUGUUUGUGAAGGAAAUAAGACAGUGACACCAACGUGUUGGGGGCAUUGUUGUUAUUUUUUUUUUAAAUUAAAAAAAAUACAUUUUAUGGUUUUGUAAUUUAUUUAUAAUUGUUUAUUUUAUGCUUUUUUUAAUUGGGUUUUUUGUCGGUGUGAGAUUGUGGGUAAUGAAUGGGUAGGGACCAGUUUGUGUUAGAUGCCAGCUGAGAUGAGAUGUAUGCUUGUAAUUUAUAAAGUUUUUUCUUCUUCUUUGAAGCUGGAAAUUGUUUAUAAUAAGCAAAUUUUUAUUUACUUGA